UCCCUCUCUCUCUCUAGACUCUUUCUUCCUCAUUGUAUCUACACUCUUUCUCUCUCUUCUUUCUGGUUUAUUAUUAUAUACAUAAACUCUCUAGGUUUCUUCAUAUGUAUCUGCUUUUUUCUCAGCACCGGUGAAAGCAAAAGUGCAAGCUAUGUCGAUUGCGUUUGAGAGGAAUAGUACACCUGAUCAUCAGAUCGAACGGCCAGGAUUUGUGCACGGAAUGGCUUUUGUUCCGAUCUAUAACUCGCCAGAUCUAGGCGUCGGAGAAAGUAUGGUUCAGGUGAAGCGGGAAGAUGAGGAUGAUCGGACUUCUUCUUCGUCUUCUUCUUCUAUUGGUAGGAAUAGUGAUGACUCACCGCUGGCGGGAGGGUCUUCAUCGAAUGGAGGCCCUGGAGAAGGUGAUGGAGAGGAGGUUCAGAGUCCGUUUAAACCUGGUGCUCUCGAUAAUUUGGAGUCUUUGGAGGAGGUUUUGCCGAUCAAGAGGGGCAUUUCAAGUUUCUAUGCUGGUAAAUCGAAAUCUUAUACUAGCCUAGCAGAUGCAGUAUCAUGUUCCUCGCUUAAAGAUAUGGUCAAGGCGGAGAAUGCAUACUCUAGAAAACGCAAGAACCUGCUUGCUCAUAGCAAUUUCUUUGACAAGAAUCGGAAUCACUUCCCAAGAAAUAAUAGCUGUGGGUUAUACAAGAGACCAAUAAGCUCUAGAAGCUCAUUAGCUCUUGGUGCAACCUCCAGCUGCUCUGAGAGCAAUAAUAGUUCGGAGUCCUUGAACUCAAAUGCAUCGUCACCUCAUUUCUCUCUUCCCCCUCUGCCUCCACAACCAAGAAGAUAUAGCAUUGAGCCCUCAUCAUCACCUCCUGACCAGAAGCUUAGUCCAUGGAGGUCUUUCUCCUUAUCAGAUCUGCAAGGGGCUGCUGCUGGAACUCCCAGCCUAAUGGGCAUAAAGGAAUAGAAAAGAUGUCUUAAUGAUAACAUAAUUUUGUGUCGCCCUAUGAACCUAACUUCAGAUAGGUUUCAAUGGAGGUUGGCUUAUUUUAGAAGUUAUAGGGUUCAGUUUCUCGCCCCACCUCUGUAUUUAUCCCCCAAAGCAUAAUACCAUCGUCUUUGGCAUCUGUAGAAUGUAAUUAUUGCUUCUGCUUACUUCUUAACCUUUGGGUUUCCUCCGUAACCUGUUGUAUAUUUCAAUUGUGGUGUAUGUCUAAUUUAGAGAUUUUAUUUCAGUUUUUGUUUUUUUUUCUUUUAUAAUGAAUUAUAUAUGUACUUGUUA